CAUCAGUCGGGCUUUUCCGCGCUUCUCCCAAAACCCCCAAGCUCCUCCUCUUUCUUUCACCUUUUUUCUUCCAUGGGAGGGGACAACGAAGUACGCUGAAUAAGUCUCUCUACACCUCCCUUCUCUUUCAUCUUCUUCUCAUCAAUUUCAAAAUUGUCGUUAUUGCUCAGAGGCGAUUUUUGGUUCCCUGACACGAGCGGGAUCGUUUGGAGGGGCGAAGAAUGAAUUCUCUUUUGCAGCGUUACCGGAGCGAUCGCCGCAAGCUCCUGGAGUUUCUCGUGUCUUCGGGUUUGGUAACGGAGCUUCGCUCCCCUUCUGGUUCACUUUCUCCGGCUGAUUUAGAUGCUCUCAGCGCCGAUUAUGUCUUGGAUUGCGUGAAAUCCGGUGGUGUUGUUGAUGUACUCAAGGGCACGGAGAAAUUCAAUUUUGAGUCCUCAUACCCCGUAACUAUUCACUCUGAGUCUAGAGAUUCCUAUUUUCUUGUGUCGAGUCCAGAUGUAGCAGGUUCUCCUCCUCGCCGUAUGCCUCCUCAACCAGUUAACAUUGGAGAUUCCAGUAACAAUGUCCCAGACAUGUCAUGCCACAUUGAUUCUUCUAAUACACCAUCUAGAGAAAACUAUAUAGUUAAAGAGGAAACACCUGACAUUAAACCCAUGAAACCUAUCAAAAUCAUUCCUCUCGGCUUGCCACCCUUGAGAACAGGGUUAUCGGAUGAUGAUUUGCGAGAAGCAGCUUACGAACUAAUGAUUGCGUCUAUGUUACUUUCGAGUGUUGAGGCGUAUCCUACUCAGAGAAGGAAGUUAGAAAAAGGCUCAAAGCUUUUGUCAAGUUUGAAGAGAAAAGACAAACCACAUCUACAGCCUCACUUCUCUAAUGCUCACUCAGAGAUUUCUUCAAAGAUGGAUACAUGCAUACGGAGGAAUCUGGUACAGUUGGCUCAGUUGAGGACAGGUGAACAAAUUGAUCUUCCACAGUUAGCAUUGGGGCUGUUGGUUGGAAUAUUCAAAUCGGAUUUUCCAAGUGAAAAACUCUACAUGAACUGGAAGACUAGACAGGCUAACCUACUAGAAGAAGCGCUCUGUUUCUCACCUAGUCUGGAGAAAAAUGAACGAGCAACUAUGAGAAAAUGCCUUGCAACGAUUAGAGACUCAAAGGAAUGGGAUGUUGUAAUGUCUUCUUCCCUGCGGAUUGACGUUCUAUCGUCUAUAAGGCAUGUGUCUUCGAAAUUGUCAUCACUACCUGGCCGAUGUGGUAUCGAAGAAGAAACUUAUUAUUGGACUGCUAUCUAUCAUUUGAAUAUUAGACUCUAUGAGAAGUUAUUAUUUGGGGUUUUUGAUAUCCUUGACGAGGGUCAACUCGUAGAGGAUGCCUCAUCAAUGCUUUUCCACAUGAAGUCGAUUUGGUCGACGUUGGGCAUAACUGAGAACCUACAUAAUGCAAUAUAUGGAUGGGUUCUUUUUCAACAGUUUGUGUGUACAGGUGAACCUUCUCUUCUAGGGAGCGCAAUUCAAGAGUUGCAGAAGGUUACUUCCACUGAAAAAGGCAACCCGAGGGAAGAUCUUUAUUUAAGUCAUCUAGUAUGUGCAAGGCAAACCGUUGGAACUGACAUACACUUAGGUCUCGUGAAGGCAAUUUUCACUUCAGUUAGUGCUUGGUGUGAUGAUAAACUUCAGGACUACCAUCUACACUUUGGUAAGAAACCUCGUGAAUUUGGAAUGCUUGUCAGCUUGGCAUCAACAGUUGGACUUCCUCCAGCUGACUGUACCAGAACUGAGCUUAUCAAGCUAGAUUCAUUGAGUGAUGAUGUUGGUGAUAAGAUACAAUCCUAUGUUCAGAACUCUAUUAAAGGUGCAUGUGCCAGGGCUGCACAUUUUGCAUACGUAAAAUCUCAUGGUGAACGAACGCAUGCUCUAGCUCUGCUUGCAAAUGAACUGACCGUCAUCGCAAAGGCAGAGAUGAAUGAGUUUGUCCCAGUUUUCUCCAAAUGGUUACCCGAAUGUAUGAUGAUCUCGGCCAUGCUGCUGCAUCGGUUUUAUGGAGAAAGACUGAUAGCAAAGGUUGUCAAACCCGUAAUGCUGGACUGGCUUAUCUCUCAACAUGAUCAUAUAUUGCAAUGGACUAGGCGAGCUUUUGAAAUUGAGGAGUGGGAGCCUCUAUCAGUUCAUCAAAGACAUGCUGCAUCGAUUGUUGAAAUAUUCAGGAUCAUCGAAGAGACUGUGUGUCAGCUAUUUGGUUUACAUCUACCUGUUGAUAUCACACAUCUCCAAGCUCUUCUCUCAAUAAUUUACCAUAGCUUGGAUACUUAUCUUCAGAGAAUUUCCGAUCAACUAGUUGACAAGAAGCUUCUGUAUCCGUCAGCUCCUCCUUUAACUCGUUUCACAGAGGGUGUUAUGCCAGCAAUGAAGAGGAAGUCGCUCGAGUUUGGUGAGCCAGAUAAUAAGAUGGUUAAGAAAUUGGAUGAACUGACAAUACCGAAGCUCUGCAUAAGAUUGAACACGCUCUGUUAUAUUCAGAAACAAAUCAGUGCAACUGAAGAUGGCAUUAGGAAAUCUUUGACACUUGUCCGAUCCUCUAUUGACAAUAGAUCAAAAACUGAGAUUGACGAAGCUGAAGAAGAGAAUUCAAUGACGCAUAGUGAAGCUGUUGAUGAACUCUUUGCUACCACGUAUGAUAGCCUCAGGGAGACCAAUGCCAAUUGCAUAACCAAAACCCGUGGCCUAAUUGGGGCAAGAGUGAUAUUCUGGGAUCUGAGAGAUAUGUUCCUAGUACAGCUGUACAAUGGCACAGUCGAAGGCGCCCGCUUGGAAAGAUUACUCCCUCACAUUGAUUCUGUGCUUGAUAGUGUAUGCAGUCUGAGUUAUGAGGACUCGAGAGAUAUGGUGGUUUUGAGCAUUUGUCGAUCUGCUUUGGAAGCUUAUGCUCGAGUACUACUUGAUGGAGGUCCAACCCGUGCAUUCUCGGAUACAGACAUCCCUUUGAUGGAAGAAGAUCUCAGUAUUUUGAAAGAGUUCUUCAUCGCUGAUGGAGAAGGUCUUCCCCGUUCCUUAGUUGAGCAAGAAGCCAAACAGGCGAAAGAGAUCCUCGACCUCUACUCUCUGGAGAGUGAAAUGCUAAUACAGAUGCUAAUGACUGCGAGCGAGCUGAUCAACAUGGGAGUGAGUUCAGAGCAACGGCGCUUGGAAGACGCACAGACACUAGUCAGAGUUCUUUGCCACAAGAAAGACCGUAACGCCUCCAAGUUCUUAAAGCGCCAGUACGAGCUUCCUAUGUCAUCAGAGUAUGAAGAUCCAACUUCGAAUCUGCCUGUUUUAUCCGAAAUCGUUAGAAGCACAUCCACCCGCUGGAGCCAAACGAGCCAGAAUAGUUUCAGUUCCAUCAAGAAGAAGAUUCAAGAAGCAACAUCUGAAAUCAGGAACAACUCAGGAUGGUAGGAUCUGUCGUUUUAGAGUUGGAGCCUUGUUCUCUGCUAAUUUGUGAAACACUCGGAGCCUUUUGUUCUCAUGACCAAACACUGCUCCAGUUUUUCCGCUCGGGACAGCUAAAGUGGCUUUUGCCUUUUCAAUAGAGAUCAGUGACUGAUUCGUGUAAAAAUCUUUUCAUUUUCCGAGUUCGAGCCAUGGCCCAUCAUGGUUACCGGAGUUAUUCUCCUCCAUCGGCUCUGACUUAACAUCGGAGCCUUGUUCUCCGUCUCCGUUACCCGCUUCUCGUCUCUCCCCAUCCUCUUCCUCUACAGCAGCACCAAGCUCUUCGUCUCUUCUAGCUCGCUUCACCCCAAUCGAAACACCGAACAACCUCGGCGUCAAAUCCUCAUCGAGCUUCAAACCAAUCCCUGUUUCUAACCUAGAAUCCAUUUCCAUGGCUUCACUCAUUCCUUGUUUUUCCGGCAAAAGAUCCAACGGCUUCCCCUCCGGUAACAACUGCGCACAAUCCGCUUGACCCGAUGACGUGAAGUUCGCCAUCAACGAGUAGAUAUUCGCGUAUAAUCCUUUAAGCUUUGUUAACUCCCGACUCAACUGUACAUUCUCUUUCCUCAAACGCUCGUUCUCCUCAAUUAGCUCGGGCGUAGUGGUGCAGCUCGUCGUCCUCUGAAGAACCGCACCAACCGCUCCUCCUUCGGUAGCCGCGGCUGCAGCCGCGGGGGAUGAGUUUGACGAUAUCACCUGCUCUUCUCCAGAGUUCGACGGAGAGACGGCGUGCGCUACGACUGGAACCGCUGCAACCGUUACAGCUGAAGCCGCUACCGCCGCCGCAGCGGCUGCAGCUGCGGCGGCCAUAGCAGGCUGAGAGAUUUUCCGACGUUGAAUAUCCCGAAGCAGAGACUUCUCACCUCUCCGGAAACAUUCAUUAGAAAACUCCCAACGAUCGGGAACUACUUUUCGAAAUCCCUAAAGUGUUGAGCUGACGAACGAAACUUGAGAAAUUGUUGUGUUUGAAGUAUUUCGGGAGAAGAUCUCUGGCGAAUUCAGCUGGUCUCCACACGAUGAAAGUUGAUCCAUCUUCGUUCCACGAAAUCAAUUCGUCGUAAACCGGAUCAUCCACAAGCUGAUACGUUUUCGUCAAAAACGGAGUCGGAAUCGACCUCUGCGAAUCUCCUCCUCCACCACCUCCACCACCGCCGCCGCAUCCACUACUUCCGCCACUAUUACCGGCGCUACAACCACCUCCGCCGCCGCCAACUCCGGCUACAGUCGGAGUUUCUCCGGUUUGUUCUCCCGGCAUGAGUAUUAGAUCCACGGGCACCUCAAAAACCUGAACUUUUUAAUUCCAAUUCCAAAACCAAGAUUAGAUUGAUAUAGCUUGAAGAAACUUGGAAUCAUGAGAUCCGAAUAACAGAAAAAUUACACCCAGAAGAGAGAGGUGAUGUCUUUCACUUUCAUAUUCUUCUUCUCACAGACCCAUUAAACAAAAUCCCAAAACACUCACAAAAAACUUUCUCUGUCCAAACGCAAUCUUUUCACCUUUUUUCUCUACCAACCAACAAAGAGAUUGCCACAAUCCAGAAGGAGCCCGUGAUGAAACACACGUUUUGAUCUCAAAGCUAGAGAGAGAUUGUGAUUGAGUUUUUUGUGUUUUGAAGUUCUAGAAGGUUCUGGCAAUACGGAUUGAUAAGAAAGAGAAAUAAUGGAGAGAGGAGAGAGACGAGAGACAGAUCGGGAAGUUCCAGAAGGAAAGAAAAAAAUAAUAAAAAGGAAAAAAAUAGGAAAAAUGAGAUCGAGG